CGUUCUAAAAAUAUAAACAAGCUAUCAACUAAAACUGUUAUUUUGAAGAUCUUUCUAGUUGUUCUAAAUAGAUUAGUUUAAAAGUAAUUAGUGUCUGUUCAUUAAGUGUAUAAUUAGUGGUCAGUGUAUUUGGUAGAUGUGAAAAGAUACUAUUUCAAAAUGGAUGCUAAAACUGAAACAAAUUCUGAAGAGAAACUUAACACCGAUGUCCCAGUCCCAAUGACCAUAAAGGAAGAGGAACUUUUGGGUUCCUUAACAAUUUCCGAUGUACCUGAACUUAAGGGACAACAGUUAAGAUCCAGUGCUAGGGUAUUUAAGAAAAUGAGGCUGGACUCUGUUGUAUUGGCAGUGCCAGAAAAAGAGAGUGAAAAGAAAGAGGAAAGUAAACAAGAGUCCAAGAAGUGUUUCAGGCCUCUGUGGUCUUCUGACGAUAAAAACUUAUUUUUCGAAGCUUUGAAUGAAUACGGUAAAGAUUUUGAAAAUAUACAAUUGUAUAUAAGCAGUAAAUUCAGAAAGAAAGGUGUGCCAGACCAUUUUAUUAAGACAAAGGACCAGAUCAGACAUCUGUACUAUAGGACAUGGCAGAAGAUCUCCAAGUAUUUAAAAUUUUCUGAAGGUAUUAAAAAGGUGACACAAGAGCUGUAUGGGUUAAUCAACUAUGGUGAGUUGAGGAAAAAACUUGGUUCUGUUAAUGAAAAGUAUCUGGUCAAACUCAACAAGCUCAUUUAUAAAGGAGUCAUUAUUUUAAGAGUUAAAGGAAAGUCUAUUAAAGUCAAGACACCUUCGUGUAAGGCCCUGAGGAAACUAAAUCAGUUGGAUGAUAAAUAUGAAGAAGUCACGCUGCCAAAUAGAUUAACCGUGGAGUUGAGACCAAAAGAUAUGGCAUCUUUUCUUAAAGUACAAAGUAUGGCCCAGAAUCCAAGAUUAAAGACUUACAUGCCAUUGCAGAAAAGACUGAGUAACCUGAUCGAAUGUUUGAGUAAAAAAUGGAAAACCGUUGAUGCCAAUAUUUAUGAUAAGGUUCUAUUAUCUGGAAGUUUGAUUAAAGAUGAUGCUAUGCCACCAAAAAAGGAGGUUGAUGCCAGCAAAGAAAAGUUAAAUCCACUUUUAAGGAUCACUCCACCACCAGAUAUAAAAAUAGAAGUCCCCUCAAUCAGUCUAGGAGAAUACUUCACCCGCCAAAGUAUCUGCUUUAACUCCUACGAAACUCGAUUGGGUAUACAAAACUUCAAAUCCUAUAACAAUUUUAAAAUGAUGAAUAAAGGGACCAAAAAAGGUUCCAGAGUACGUGCUGACAGUAUUAGCGAUAAAUCCGAAAAAUCGCCCCAGAAAAGCAAUUCUCACAAUGAUGAAGAUAACUGUGAUAUAGUAGCUGAUACCGAAACUAGUAAUGAGGCUAAAGAUACUAUUAAAGGUGUAAGUGCGUUUUUUAAGACGGAAGUUGAGGAAGUAACUGUGGAAGAAGUUAAGGUUGAGGAAAAGGUGAUUCCAGAAGUUGAUAAUACAGCUGAGCUGGAGAAACAGGAAAGAAUCAAUUCUAUAAAACGUGGUUGGACUGUAAUAGAUAGUGAAAGUAUAACGCUAGGAGAAAUAUACUUAAUGUUCGGAGUAAAUUCGAAGUUAGUUUUAGAAUACAGUUGGGACCCACCGGAAACACUUAAAACUGAAUCUACUGACGAUACACUGAAGACUGCAGGUGAAGACCCAGAUGUCGCAGAACUGUCUGCCGCUAACCUCGGCAAAAAACUCAGUUUAAGCGAUUCGUUGCUACAGUUGCUAUCUGUAGCCAAGCUCCAUUAUAGGAAAAACAUUAUCAAAUGCCCGUGCGGUCAUGUCUGCGGAGCUAAAAAUAAUGUUCAGCUAAAAAGAGACGUUGAGACUAAAAUUAGGAAGAUUUUGACUGAUAUCGAUAAGUGCGCAGAAGAUGGUGAAGAAAAGGAUCAUUUAUACGAGAAUGGUACUACGUUUGUGAGGCCUCCGGUGUAUAUUCAGCCGAAGAUUCCGAUAUCUUCGUACUAUCAAGCCAACGCUAUACAUUUGUCGUCACAAAUCGAUUCCAUUCAGAGAUUAACUCCAAGAUAUUGCAACAGAAGAGGCCGCCGACCCCGUUCUAAACAAGUGGUGGUGGAACGUAAAUUACCACUCCUUCCGAACAACGUCGAAAGUGGUCACCAGAUCGUCAGGAUGAAUAUCAUUUCAAAAGAAGAACCGAAGGUAGUACCGAUCCCAAUAGAGCCUAAACCUGUUGUCACCACGACCAAUCUGUUCAUUCAGCAAGCACAGGAACCAUGUACCUCGACGUCUACGUCAUACUUAGUCGUAAGGCCUGACCAACUCGUGGAUGAGACACUAAAGCCGCCAGACUUGGAUAUGGAACCUGCGAGUCCGUCUGGAGUCCUGAAAGAAGCUGAGAGUUGGAUAAAUUCAGAAUGUGAUUAUUCUUUGAGCAGUUUGUUAGGGCAUUUGGAAUCGCCCAUGAAAUCUGGUUCUAACAUCAUCAACGAAGAUUCUAGGAUGUCACAAGAUGUCGAUGCGCAGUUGCAUUCGAUGAUGACACAGAACAGCAUCGACUUUUCGGCAAAUUUUGCUGACUUAGCGGCUGAGGUGGCGAGGGAUGGGAAGUGCGAACUUGGGUAAAGGUUUUGCAUAUCAUUUGUCACUAUGUAAAUAGAAUACCGGUUAUCUCAAAUCUAGAUCUUAUAAAGCACAUCAUAUAUUUAUUUUACAGUAACAGCCACGCUACUAGACACACGGGAACAUUGAUCUAAUACAGUCUUGGACCGUUCACUGUUUACUUUUAUGUCUAGUGACGUUUAGAACGUCAGAAAAUGUAUUGUUAUGAUCUGCUUUCUAUUACUUUUAUUUUAAUUGAGUAUUUAUUUAAUUAAUUAUUGAAUUGACGCAAAUCAUACAUAAACAAUUAAUAAAAAAUCUCAGGGUGCCUUUUUGUAAUAAAAAUUAACUAAAAUUAUCUUAGGUUAUACUUAUCCUUUCUCGUGGCUUCAGUAUAUCUUAGUUGAUCCUUAUCGGGAUAAAAUAGGAAAAGGAAAUAAAUAGAAAAAUCAUAAAUAAGCACAUACAAAUACCUUUAUUAUCAAAAGCAAUGCUCUGAAAAUCUAUCAAUUAAAUCCUGUGGGCAUAAUUGUCCAAAUGAAACUUUUACCAUAUAAUUAAUCUAAUUUAAACAAAUAUUUAUCGCUUUAUUCCUGAUACCAUUUAUAAAAUAAGCCAAACAAACAAAUUUAGGUAUUUGCAAAACUACUUAUACUUCCUAUUAAAUUAUUGAAAUGUUGGAAUCUUAAUUCAUAUGCUUUUACGCAAAUAUUUUAACUUUUGAUUAUAAAGAACAUCUAUCACAUAAGUUAUUGACUGACCUUUUUGAUUCACACGCAAUGAUGUCUCCUCUUGACCCAAACAGCUCUUCCUUGUUGAUUAUGUUAGGCUACCAAUCAAAACCCUCUCCGUUCUCAGCAUCAAUCCAGCAGCAUACCAGCAACUAUUUCUCCAAAACACAAGCCAGUCCUCUUUUGCCCAGUACUCGUUCAAUAAACUCCAAAACUCUCUCCUCUCUUUCUCUCAACAAUAAUCUCCUGAGACCCAAGUAUCUUUUUUACUUGGUGUCACAAAUAAUUUUAAUAACGAUAAAUUCUUGUAAAUUACUCUUUUGGCCUUUACAGAAUCAAAGAGGUAUUUCUUCUGGAUUUGAUUUGUCUCUCGUUCCACUUUUCAGCUACUCUUCACUAACAAGCAACCCUAGUACUUGCUUCUGAACUAUCCGCGAAAACUUUCGACUGCCCUUCUCGGAUGCCGGCUACACAAUCCUCUUUCUUUUCUAAACUGUCUCAACAUUCAAACUUCCCUUUCCCCAUUCCAAAUUGCCAAGCCAAUCAGAAACAUUUCUCUUUCCACAUUCUUCUUUUUCAUUCGAAAAAACCAGGCAUUCUUUCAAACAAUACUUCUAGUCAUCCUAAUCACUUUCCGGAAAUUAUACAACUAUUCUUGUGCUUAAAACAAACAGACUUAAAAUUCCAAAUCUCUCUACCUUUAUUUUUCUAAAAACUAAUAAUUACAGCUACCUGUGGAUUUUACCUUCCCGUAACAAACAAUCUUUUUAAAUUAUAAUCCGAAAUAAAUUGUUAUUUCACUUCACUGUAUUUACAAAUGUCUUGAAGUCUUCAGGGAAAAACUCAUUAAGGAGAAACCCACUGCGUAAAAGCUACCUUCUACUAAAUAGUUACAAAUCAAUAUACAGGGUGUAUCAAAUUUAUGUGCCCGCGUUAUAAUUAAAAAUUUAAAUUUUUACUCUAUCUUUGAUUGAUAAAGUGAUACAUAAUAGUAUAGAAACCGAAUAUUAAUGCGAUCGGUACAAAGUUUCGGCUUCAAUGCUAUCUAAAUGGGAUUCAUUUUUUUCGAAUCCUGAGAAAACUAAUAAGUAUUUUUGAAAAAUUUAAACGCAGAAUGAAAAUUACGUUCUUGCCGAGUGCCGAAAGUCCCUAAAAACUUCUGUAAUGUUUAUUUUAAUAAGUUACGGGGGUGAAAAACUAAGAGAAAAUGUAAAUGUUGUUGCUUAGUAAAAAAAAAGAAUGUGUGUGUACUUUGUACACACGUAAGAAGUUAUACUUCUAUUAUAUGAUUUCAACGAAAUCAAUAUACUUUCAACAGGUUAUUUGUAUUUUAUUUAAAGAUUAAACUAAUUUUUAAUUACUAAUUUCCAAAAAUUUUUAUUAAAACAAUACCAAAAAUAAAAAAAAAUAUAAAACACAAGGAUUCGAACCGGGGACCUCUCGAUCUCCGGUCACAUGCUCUACCACUGAGCUAUAUUCCCUUUGCUGUGACAGGUUACAAGAUUUCUCAUACAUACUGACAAAUUUAAUAGACCAAGUGAAGUAUACAAAAAUACUUUAAAUAUAAUUACUAUUAUUAUAAAAUAUCUUAUUCCCGAGGAAGACAAAUCCAAAUACACAAAAAUUAUAAUAAAUAUAUUUACUACAAACACUAAUAAUAUAUUCUUUUCACGCACACCUUAUUUGCGCUACAUAACUUAAAAUAUGUAGCGACUAAUACCAUACUGUCGGUGUGCGCAUGCGCCAGGGAAUGUAAAAAUUCACCCUCGUGCCUAAAGAAGUAUAACUUCAAAAAUUCUUCUAAUAAUUGAUUUAUAUAUUAUACAUUUUAAAGUAGAAGACUUUAAAAUGAUAUUGCCAAUAUUUAUGAGUUGAUUCCUGGGACGACUUUAUUGAAAGAUAGUUCAUUCGAUUACAUGAAAUCAACCCCAACUCAAGAAUAUUCGUCAUGUUGAUUUCAUGUAAUCGAAUGAACUAUCUUUCAAUAAAGUCGUUCCAGGGACGCAACUCAUAAAUAUUGGCAAUAUCAUUUUUAAAGUCGUCUACUUUAAAAUGUAUAAUACGUGUCUGAAUUGCCGAUAUAAAUGAGUCAGAUUAAAUAAAUUAUUAGAAGAAUUUUUUUACAAAGCAACAACAUUUUUGUUUUAUUCAAUAAUAUUUUUUGUAUUUUGACAACGACACCCGAUUUUGGGCGUCGAAACGUUAAUAAAAUCAUUUUUUUAGUAA